AUGGCGUCGGGUGCCAUUUCAAUGGAGUCAAAGAGAAUAACAGAUUUACGAGUUAUAGAUCUCAAAUCUGAACUCAAGCGAAGGAAUUUAGAUGUCGCUGGUGUGAAGAAUGUUCUAAUUGCCAGACUGAAACAGGUAACGAGCUUAAUUUAUUUUUACAUGGCGAACUCAAAGCUGACGACCGCUAGCUAAUGUUAGCUACCAAACAGUUGUGGUACGAAUUUGAUUGAUUGAGGCCGUCCCCAACGGCUGCCAGAUAGAUAGUUUAGCUACUGGUUUGCUAUUCAACUUGUUAUGGAAUUAAUAUGUAUCUAUGUACAGCUUGCUAUUUUCGUAGUUGCCAACUAAGACCGUAAGCCUGCUAGCUAACGUUACCGUUGGCUGCUGACUUGUUUUCCAAUUGCGGUACUGCGUGCACGCGGCCUGGCUUUGUAGCGUCAGGUUGACAAGGUAGCCCACAAUCCUGCAUCGAUGCAGCCGAUGUGGGGGCGUUGCAAGCUAGCUGGCCAUGACAUCGAUCGCAUUCAGGAUGUACACAGCUAACUCGCUGCUUACAUGUCUCCUUUAGAAAACUAGGUUACUUUAGGCCCACGGACAUCCCAACGUUAACUAGCUAACUAAUUUCGGAAAUACCUUGAUCAGAGUUAACUAACGUUUAUAAUUCAAAUCAAAAAUCUAAUUUGAUUUGUCACAUGCGCCGAAUAAAACAGGUGUAGACCUUACCGUGAAAUGCUUACUUACAAGGAAGGCCUUAACCAACAAUUCAGUUUUAAGAAAAAUAAGAGUUAAGAAAAUAUUUACUAAAUAAACUAAAGUAUUAUUAUUUUUUACAUAUAAUUAACUAUAAUCUGGCUUUACAGGCGACGUUGAUAUGGCAAAUCUCCUUUAAACCCAGGAAGCAGCCAUUCAACUUGCAAUCACCAGCUUUUCAAGUUAAAUGAUGUAAAAAUACGGUAGUUACUCACGAAAUAAGCCGGUAUGUAGGUUUCCGCUAGAUAGCACAAGCCACAAAAUGGUAUAUAUCAUAAACAUUAAUGAAAACAAAAAUGAUAUUUUUGGUCUUAAUUUAGAGCAGUGGAGGUUCCUCAAAGGAGGAAGGGGAGGGCCAUCCAAAGUGAAUUUCAUAAAAAUAGUGAAACAUUAGUUAUCAUUUUAAAGUAAAACUAUACUAAAUAUAUUCACAUGUCACCAAAUAAUUGAUUAAAACACAUUGUUUUGGAAUGGUCUACAGUAGCUUCAACAGCACUCUGUAGGGUAGCACUAUGGUGUUGCCUUUCCGUCCUCAUCUGGGUACAUUGACUUCAAUACAAAACCUAGGAGGCUCAUGGUUCUCACCCCCUUCCAUAAACCUACACGUCAUCCAACUUAUCAGAGCUCUUGCAGCAUGAAGUGACAUGUUGUCCAUCCAAUCAAAGGAUCAGAGAAUGAAUCUAGUACUGAAAGCAUAAGCUACAUCUAGCUAGCUUUGCAGUGCAUAACAUGUGGUGAGAAGUUGACUCAGAGAGAGCGACAACAGUUGAACAGUUUUUAACAAAUUAAUUUCUUAAAGUUAAGGAGACGGAAGUGCGAGAGCUAGCUAAAUUUCGUAGUGUUUUUUUCUCACUUUAACUUAGAUAGCGAAUGCAGCUAGCUGAUUUAGCCUACUCAAACACCCGCACAACAGAGGGAUGUUAUGUUAGCUAGCUGGCUAUGGCUAUCCAACACUAGAAAACUUCCAAGCAGGGCAUCAAAUUGAUUUUUUGGUCCACCAAAAAAAUCUACCGGCCAAAAUAUUUUUGCUGCUAAAACAAAACACAAAACAGAUGAGCAUGCUUUGUAAUGUUUCUAAAACAAUAAAUGUAUUACUAGUAAGAAGUAGUGUUAUAUUGUUUAAUUUCAUUUUUGAACAAAAAUAUCACAGAUGAGACAAAUGUUAAGGGCGGGAUGUUACCGUGGUAACGCGACUCGUCAUGUUUGUGCCUGUGAGAUUGAGUCUGACUAGUAGAAGCGUUGUCUACUCCAUCAGUUGAAACUCAAACAUAGAAAAACAACCUAGCUUGUGAACGAAACAAUGUAAAUGGCCAAGAAACACAAGGACAAAGUCCCACUUCAGUAGACUUUCGUUUCAAAUAAUUUAGACCCAUUUUUAUGUCUGUGUGCAGCGCUUCUAAAAAAGUAAUCUUUCACAGCCCCCAGCCAGGCAGUGAUGCAGCGUGAGGUGGAAUAGGCUAUUUUUGAUUCGUAGUUCUUUGACUUUGUGUGAUUUAAUUUACCAGCUAUGAAACUAAACAGCAGAAAUGUUUUAAAAACAGCUAAUGCAGCAUUUAUUUUACUUGACUAUUUUAAUUUUAAAAAAUGCGAGUGAAAUGCUUGCACUUUGGAGCCCAGACCACCUGCGGGUGUUAAUUUUAUGUCCUGCUUCCAAGUCAAGGUCAACUUUAGGUUUUAUUAAUUUAUUACCCCCGAGGUCCGCCGAGAAGGAAUUAUGUGAUCAUGCUGUUUGUAUGUGGCUGUAUUCAUUCCUCCGAUUCUAUUGAAGAAAAAAAGUUUCUUGAACAGAAACAAACGAAACAUACCUGAAUAGAAACUAUUGUUUGUAACUGUUGGACUAAUGAUUACACCCUAGAUCAGCUAGAUGCAGGCAAGAGCGUGCAAGGGUGUUGAAUGUGUCACUGUCUGUCAUCUUGAUUACUCAAUUUUGACUGAUCCUGUGCACCUACGUUGAAAACUUUCAUUCAUAGGUUAGGUUGUAGCAACCUCAUGAUGGAUAUAGGGACAAUUCAAGUAUCAUGUAGUAGCCUAAACCUAUCGAUGUUACAUUGAGCUGGGUGAAUGGAAUAUGAAUGACCGUCAUCAAAUAUGCUGUAAUAGAAAUAAGGCCUUGCUCAUUUAAAAAAUUUUCCUCCCUCACCUUAAACGGCACCGACCACCACUGAUUUAGGGUUAGGCAUAAGGUUAGCGGUGUGGUUAGGGUUAGCUGCUAGGUUUUAAAUACGAUUUUAAAGAAGUUAAAUUGUAGAAAUAGGCGGGGCUUAUGACUUUGUGCCUGUGGUAACUAGUGACAACCAGGUAUGUAGGCCUAAACAAUACCUCUUCGGCAGCUCCAAUGUGUUGAGCCGAUGUAGACUUCCGACCUGUCCAUGGCAGUAAGGUUAGUGCUAUCCGGGAUCCUUGGGACGUGAGUGAUUUACAUUGGAGGUAGAGCGGUGUUUGAGACAUGGGUGGAUCCCGAAGGUGCCCAGGGCCGGGUCUUUUUACAAAAACGUCUGUAGAGUCCGAAUGGUUUGAGCUACAAACUAUUAUCUAUAAAAAGGUGAGACUCUCACGAACAUGCACAUGUAACAUGUUUUGCACUAUGACGCUCACAAGCUACACGAGUCGUUAAAGGUAAGGGGUACCUACCUAGAAUAUCAUAGUGACAUGGUGUAAUAAUACUGUAAUAAGCUCACAUAGUUGCUGUCACAAACUCCACACAGUUGUCACUGACUAGUUGGAUAUUCAUUUCCCAUUGAGCAAACAAUUUCUGUACUUACAGCAUUCAUAUACAUUUAUUUUAAUCAAGUUUAUGCUUUGGCGGACCAUUUUUUUUGACAUUUGUCAGUAAAACUUAUGAAUGCAACGGUUUUAUGUCAAUUUGUUUUGUGUUCUACUUGUAGCCCUGGUUGUCCUGAAAAUAAAAUGGUAAAACACUUCAUUGUGAGACUAAAUAGGUCUGGACAUGCAGCUAAAUGAAAGUCAGAUAAAUGACUAACUACAAUCAAGUGAUUUAUUUAUAUUUUUUACUUUCUCAGGCCAUUGAGGAGGAAGGUGGAGAUCCAGAGACCAUUGAAAUUCCACUCCCAGCAGACACACCUACUAGAAAAAAUGCAAAUGCAAAAACCAAAGGUAAUUUGACAUUCCUAAUAUUUAAAUUACUGUUCAAUAUUUCUGUUUCCAGUUUGGAUGAUAUGACACCAUUACUUCUUUAGGAAAGAAAGUGGACUCUGACACUGACAAUCCAAUGGAAGAUGAGUCCUUCUCCAAGGAAGAUGAGUCCUUCUCAAAGGAAGAAGAAUCUCCUACCAAGGAAGAUGAAUCUCCUACCAAGGAAGAAGAAUCUCCUACCAAGGAAGAAGAAUCUCCUACCAAGGCAGAGGACGCUACCACCAAGGAAGAGGAAUCUGCUACUAAGAAAGAUGAAGCUUUUUCCAAGGUGAGUCACAUGAAUACGUUUACGUUUGUGUUAGGUUUGUGUAUACCCCACUCUCACAGUAGACUAGAGAUCAUUAGGUUACCAUAACAUGAUCAGAUAUUGUUUUAAAAAUUAAAUGUUGGUAUUCAGAUCGGUUAACCCGGUUUUAGUAAGGCAUUAGACUGAAACUAUCUUUGUAUUUACUUUUCUCGUUGGUCUCUUUUUCAGGAGGGCGACGAGGAUGACGUUGAAAAAGGUAUGUUUGUGCACACACCCUAUUGAAUUGAUGACUUUUUUUGGGGGGGGGUUUGCAGGUAGCCCCCUUUGUGUGAAGGUAAGAAUCUGCUAUGUCCCCUCUCUCCUUUAUGCCUUCCAUUUAUUUUGUCUGCUGGCUAGACACUCAGCCAGCCAGCCACCUAUUCAGGACUCAUAGUUCAUGAAUACAACAUAGAAGGGACAUCCUGUUUGUGGAGGACUCUUGCUUCUUUUUGUCACAGUAUUUUUUUGAGGGUGGGAUGUUACCUACCCUUCCAGGCCUGAGAUGCAAGAGGGCUCCAUCAACCAUACAGACGGCAUGGUACAUUCCCUCAAGAUAAAAAGCUCUGGAAUCAACAGGCUUCUUCAAGGUGAGGGAAAGGUAUGCACUGAAGAUGGAAAGCUGAGUGAGAGGGAGAUCCAGUGUGUGCUGAGGAGACCAUGGGGGACUUCUGCCCAUCGGGGCCCAUCCUCCUGUAGCACCCCAACUGCAUUACAGAUGUCUCAGACGGAGAGAAGAAAUCAUCACUGACCAACCAGGACAUGAUGUUCAGACUAGAGGACACAUUUGCUAAGGACUUGAGCCAGUCACUACAGUCACAAGGACGAUUAAAGAUGACAUCUAUUUUUUUUGUCCAACCAUCCCAAGUCACUUAAAGACAUUUUUACAAGGGAAAGAAGACAUGAGAGAGCCCUGGGCAGUAGAACGGCCAUAAAAUGAGACUGAAUUUGAACUCCAUGGCUUUGUGCACAGAUGUGUUUUGGUUACGGAAGAAGUUGGACAGAUGCUCUUUUCCUUUCAUUUGAACAAAUGCCCUCUAUUCAAACUGAAGAACGGGAAUGGAGCUCCAAAUGACAGGCGCAUUGAAGAGUAACUUCACUGUACAGUACUCAUAACUGUAAGGAUCGCAAAAGAAGUAUUGGUGUUGAAAAUGACAUGAAGAUUAUUGAACCGCACAACCAUUUUUCCAAUGAGGAAUGUAUGUUUUGUGUGUUCCUGUGGUCUUCAACCCUUCGAUGACCACUAAUACUAAACUUGCUUUCUAUUCUACUUUCUAGGUCAAGUAACAGACAUGUCAAUGUUAAACAUUGUGUUUUUUGCCAUGUUUUAUCCUUAUUAAAUCCCUCAGAUGUAACUGAUACAGAUGAUGGUACUCGCGAAAAUUCUAAACCUCCACCCAGUGAGGACGGCCUCCCAGAGGCCGAGAUUGAGGCAGAAGCCGAGGCGGAGGCCGAACAAGUGGAGGAGAUCGAAACUGAAGUUGCCGUCUCCGCUAAAGAAGACGAGGACGAUAACAUAUCCGUCACACUCCAGAAUGAAGAUGCGAUCACGCUGGAUGUUGAUGGCGAUGACCUCCUGGAAACAGGUAAACAUGUGAAACUUCCAGAUUCAGAGGCAGACAAGGGCUGUGACGAUCCAGAGGCCUCUGCUAAGACGAGCCCCAAGGAUGCCAUGAAGAUGGAAGUGGAAGGCCAUAAAGAUGGUAAGAAGGAUGACGGGACGAAGGUUGACUCCUCUAAGAAGGAAAGCAGAGAGGCCUCGAAGAAAGCUGAAAUGGGAGACAAAGACAAGGAUUCUGGGAAGAAAGGCCCCUCGUCUACUGGGGCAUCAGGUCAAGGAAAGAGGUUUGUCUUUCUAGCUAUGUCAGUUCUUUAAGAUACUACUACCAAGUUCCAGCUCACUGUGAACACAGCAUUGUGGGUAGCCUCAAGAAUUUUUUAAUUUUUUUCCCUAAUGAGAAAUGUUCGUUGAUGUACCUAAUGAGCCUCCCAUUUGUUACUUUCAUUUGGUUGUUUUUCUGAAGUUGGGUAAUUUGUGUCAUUAACCAGGAGCUGAAAACAGAUGUUACUUUCACCUUUCCAGCACGUUUGCCUUUUCCAGUUUCCACGUAGGACUUUUUAAAAGGGCAGUUGUCCCUGUGAUGUCAGUUUGUCAGAAAAUAUGAAAUGGUUCGCUGUGAAGUCGAACGCAAUACUGAAGAUUUCAUUGGUCCAGGGAGUAAAUUGGCUGAGAACAUGACCCAUAUCACCCGUGGAAAAGCAAUGAAAAAAGCCAUUAAGGGAGUUUUGUCCAAAUGCAAGCCUUGCCUGUGGGGAUUUUUUUAUAAAAAUGUUAUACAUAAAGCAAAAAAAGUUGUUUGACCUGGUGUACGUCAUAUUCCGCAGGGGCUUUCAUAUACUGGCACUCAUUUCUUGUUUCUUUUUAUUUGUUUGCGAAAUCUGCUUUGUAGUUCUUCAAAGGACAGAGAUGGAAAGGCCACAAAAGAUGACAAAGGUAAGCAUUUUACAAAUGCAUUUCUCAAGAUGUCACUACUAAUGAUCAGACAAUGAUGGUCAAGCAUAGCUCUUUAUGUAGUGCAUAUAAGCAAUGUGCAGUAUUGACUGGACAGCCAAAAUGGCAUUAUUUUCUCAAGCAUCAGAAAAAAUAGAAUUGAUCUUGGAAUAUUAGUACCACUGGUGUAAUCUGCGUAUCUAAAAUGUACAUUUCUUUGGCAUUUAAAGGUGUCUGAAAUGAUUUCAUUUUGUCAAAAGCACCUGCAUUUUAACAUGUAAUGCUUACCGUUAAGUAACAUUAGGCUCUUAGAGAUAUGUUUGUUACAAUGUGUAGACAUUUUUUUCAUGUAAAAGCCCCUACAGUGCAUGCAUGUAUGUUUUGAAACAACCCUAUUUCAGGAAGUAUCAGCAGUAGUAGUGCAAGCAGCUCCACUCGAAACAUAUGGGUGAGCGGCCUGUCCUCCAACACCAAAGCAGCUGAUUUGAAGAACCUCUUUGGCAAAUAUGGGAAGGUAAGCCUAGAGCUUAAAACAUCCAUAAAUUGUUUUGUGGUGGGGUACUGGGGUUUGAAUGGUUUGAUGUUUCUUACUGUAUGGGCGUCAUGGUUUUGCUUUGACUUAUUGGAAACAAUUUACUGGUUUACUACAAGCAGCAUGUAGGUGCUCCGCCUCUAAACAAAUUCCUGUCUCCACAGGUUUUUAGUGCCAAAGUGGUUACUAAUGCUCGCAGUCCUGGAGCCAAAUGUUAUGGCUUGGUGACAAUGUCUUCCAGUGCAGAGGUGGGAAGGUGCAUCUCCCACCUGGACCGCACAGAACUCCACAGCCAGCAGAUAUCUGUUGAAAGGGUAAGCUGACAAAGAAACAGUUGUUUUGCACAUUGUUCAGCUAGAAUGUUCAGAGCAGGAUUACAAUUUUACGGUUCAGAAUCUUGUCUCUGACGUCUAUCUUUUGUGACGUCAUAAAACCUCCAGAACUCUUGACGAUUCUAAGAUUCCAUUUUGAGAGUUUUCUGCAGAACAACAUUGGCUGACAUUCUCCUCUGAACCAUUGAGCCAAACAUGCGCUCUGUAAUUUUCAUUGUAGAGAGAAAAAAGGUUCAGGGUCCUUUUUGUUCAAUUAAUUGAAAUUACAUUGCUUCAGAAUUGUGACGGAGCCUUUAAAUACUGUGACGGUGUAUUUAUGUUGUCUUUUCAGGUUAAAAGUGAUCCCUUCAAGAAAGAACCUUCAAAGAAGGAAGCGGAUGACAGAACCAGCUCCAGCAAAUCAUCGAGUGACAAACGUAGUGCGUUUGUGUCGACAAGCAAGACUAGCACUAGCAAGUAAGUGAGGAAGAAAACACAAUCUGUCUUUUUCAGAAUGGGGAAAUUUGAAAGAAAUGUUCAUUUAUGUGCCUGCUCUUUCCCCCCUAAAGAACCCAGCCAUCCUCCAAAAAAGAGGAGAAGAAGUCCGACAAGCCAUCAGACAAAGACAGCAAGGAUUCAUCCAAGAAGCAGGAGUCUAAAAGCACAACAUCCAGCUCAGGCCCAGAUGCCUCCAAGAAAGAUGAUAAAAAGCAUGGAGGAAGUAUGAAUGCUCCCUCUCUCAGGUUCCUUUUUCUGUAUUGUGUUGUAGGGUAGUAAAAAUUAAAAUCUCUGUCCUGUUGUGUAGGGACCAAGAGUCCUGGCAAGAUGGUGGUGAUUGAUCAUGCCAAAGGAGACCUCAACAAAGUGAGACCGCCUUUCAGGAGGGGGAGAUUUGACAAGCCGGGUUUCACCAACAACAACAUGAUGCAGCGGAGACCCAGAUAUUUCAUGCCUCCCGAAGAGGUUUGUUGCAGUUUUUUCUAUCCGACAAAGUUUGAUCAUGGAACUUUCUUUUUUCAAUGUUCACGUCUACAUGCUUGUCUUUCCUAGAUGGAGAUGAAUAGAGGGAGCGUUUUCCCCAACAAGGGAGGCAGCAAAGACAUCCUCCCCUUUGAUCAGAUCAAAGAGCAGAGGUUGCGUGUGCGUAUGGUCCGGCUGGAGCGCGUCCGCAGAACUAUGGAGCUUCGCAGGUCAGCCUGAAACACAAACUCGUACUGUAAUUGUUGUUCUCUGUAGUACUGUGAGGAUGCUGGGUACUAAUGUUUCUGUGACUUUCCUGUCCCAUCAGGCGGCGUGAGAUAGCUGAGCGGGAACGCCGGGAGCGUGAGCGUAUCAGUCUGAUUCGGGAGCGGGAGGAGAGGGAGAACCUGCUCAGGGAACGCCAGAGGCUGGAGAUGGAGAGGCAGAAACUGGAGAGGGAGCGCAUGGAGAGGGAAAGGCUGGAGAGAGAAAGGAUCCGCAUAGAGCAGGUACUUGGGCUGUGCUUGGAUUCAAAUCAUUAAGGAUGUUUAGCCAACUAGGCUGUACCUUAGUUUAUUGCUGUAAAAACGAAAGGAGGAAGGUGAGUUGUCUACUCAUUGUUCGUUCUGGUGAUCUUUCAAAAGAUCUCAGGAGCAUUUUGAGCAGCUAAUGGUGAGCAAACCAUUUAGUGGAUUGAUAAUGUAAUGCCAACGUUAUCUCUGUGAUGCAGGAGCGGCGUAAAGAGGCAGAGCGUAUGGCUCGUGAGCGGGAGGAGCUGAGGAGGCAGCAAGAGCAGCUCCGCUACGAGCAGGAGAAGAGAAACAACCUGAAGAGAGGCCGUGAUGUGGACCACAGGUACACAAGGCCACACUGUGGAUGGGGAUGGGAUGUUUGUCUGGGUUUUGCUCUGUGUAGUUGAGGCUCUGAUCGUGGACAACCAGCUUCCACCAUUAUGUCCAUGAAGUUGUAGGAUAAGUUAGAGCAGCUUGUGCAGUACUGCUUUGUCCGUCCCCCAUGCACACAGACUUGUCUCUCAUACUAUCCUGGUCUGUCUGCAUCCCAUAGCAGGCAGGAAUGCUUGGUCUCAGAUAUGACCAGCAGAUGUCAAUUUGACCAUCAACUGAAAAGUGAAAGAUACAUUUUGGUAUCAUAUCUGACCAAGCUCAAAAAGUGGUAUUCCAUGCCAGUUUCCUUGUUGCCCAGUUAAAACAUGUUCUCCAUUGAAUGUUUCAGCCGGAGGGAUGAUCCCUACUGGAAUGGCAACAAGAAGAUUCCAGACUGAGUCUGAGGGCCGUCUCAACCAAGGCUCGGACUACAACCGCCAGCAGAACCGUUUCACUGAGUUCAGCCCCCGAGAGAGAGGCAGAGGCUUCCCCGAGGCUGCAGCCGCGGAGCCCAACACUAUUGAGAGGUAGGCCCUCUUUGAUAAGCCCUCUUAUUUAUAUAGUGCUUUUUGCAAAUACAGCAACCUGGAUCUAAACUGGCAAAGGGCAAGCUGCACACAGCCCACAUAGCAGUUUAGCAAGUCUAUCCCCCCACCCAGUAACAGUCAGCUCUUGACAGAAUCUGACAAUCCAUUUUGGGUGGGGGGGUUUUCAGACGUAACCGCUUCAACAGUGAGCCUGAGGCCAAGAAGGCCCGCCCCGCUGCUCGCAGGGACAGCUCUGGGUUUGAGCGCUACCCCAAGAACUUUGAGACUGUCCGCAGGGCCGAGCCUCCUCCAACUCCACGCGCAGACAUCCGUGACACAGACCGCAGAGAGAUCCGAGACAGGGACGAGCGGCGAGCGGUGCCCAUGACCGAGCGGCGAGCCGUGCCCUUGACCGAGCGGCGAGCCGUGCCCAUGACCGAGCGGCGAGCCGUGCCCAUGACCGAGCGGCGGGCCGUGCCCAUGACCGAGCGGCGGGCCGUGCCCAUGCCCGAGCGCCCAGCCGGGGGCAGAGCACCCAUUCCUGGCAUGUCUCAUACCGGCCGCUCCCCCAGAGGCACCGGGCACGCUGGUCAUGCUACUCAUACUGGGCAUGCAGGAUGGAAGAAUGACGGCGGCAUGAGUGCACCUAAGGGGGACAUACGGUGAGAAUGGAUGGAUGCCUAGUGUGCUUGUUUGAUUAAGGUUGUAGACAACGGCCUUUUGUUGUAAUCCGUGUGGUAAUAAUCCUGUCUCUGUGGUUGUGGUGUGUAGUGGAGCUGUGCGUACUGGGGGUAUGCGUCCAGAGCGUUCAGGCAGAGAUGGCCAGGGGCCUGCCCUCAGAGGAGGCUCCACAGCUAGCCGAGGAAGAUCCAACUUCAGUGGCCGAGAUGGAGGAAGACCCAUGGUCAUAGCAGACCAGGUCAGCACCUCACAAAUCCCCCAUAACUAAAUCUACACAUGCAAUACCCUCCAUUUCCUCUAUUUUUGUUACAUUUCAGAUAGGGAAUUCAUAACUACAAUCUCCCCUGUUCUCUACCCAGCAUUUCAGCUCUGGCCGCCAGGUGGUGGUGGAGCGGCAUGGCCGGGACCAGCCGGCCCCCAGGAAGGAGUGGCACGGUGGGGCUGGAUCCCAGGGAGGGGGCUUCCCAGACAGCCGCAGGAUGGGAGACAGCCGUGGCAGCAUGAUGGCCCCACACGCAAGGUAUUCACUGCAGUUGCAUUGACUGUGUGCUUUUCUCUUCAUCCAGAUUACAACCUCUCACUUUCAGUUAAUUGAAACUGGAACCUUUUUCUAAAUAUCGCCCUUUUCUGAAACAAGCCAUACAAAGCUGGUUGCAAUUCCAGUUUCAUCCUCCAGAAAAGACAGAACAAAUAUUACAACACAUAUUAUGGCUAAACUGAAAUAUACUAAUUGAUUAAAAAUUAUGGGGAAAAAAUAUUUGUUAAUGAAAUUAUGAAUAGGAAAGGUAGUUAUGUCACAUGUGCAGUUAACACAAAUAUAUGGAAUUGUUAGCUCUAUCCAAAAUUACAGACAACUGAUUGGUGCAUUACCGCAAAAAUGGAGGAGGCAAGUGGAAGGGGGAGAAAAAGGGGAAGUGGUUUGUCUGGCCUUUGGAGAUAAAAUAAUUGUGAUAAAUAGAAAAAUAUUUCAUUUGAGGACCAAAAUGCGGUGCCAUACUUGGGAAGAGAUUUUCGAUGUGCUGAUUCCAUGGCACAUGGUUUAUAAACAGAUACACAAAACAACGCUUGACUCAAAACAUACUUUUUCAAUGUAAAUUAUUAUACAAAAUUCUUGCCACCAAAAUAAGAAUGUCAUGUAUAUGGGGCAUACAACCAUGUCAGCUAUGCAGAUUUAGCUGCGAAGAGACAAUCAUUCGACCACUUAUUCUGGUAUUGCUCCUAUGUAGCCUGUUUCUGGUCACAGGUUCAGGAGUGGCUAAACGGUCAGAACAUUGUUCCAAAAUGGACCCUACAAAUAGCACUGUUGGGCGAUCAGGAAAGCCAUAGUCAAUCAAUCAACAACAAAAUAUAUAUUUUUAAAUCACAUCUGUUGAUAAUAUCCCAUUUAGAAAGGUUUGAGAAUCUGUGUAAGACAUCACAGAACAGUUGAAAAAUAAAUGGCACAAGGAAAUCAAGAGGGUGGUCUAUGGAGAUCGGUGGGAUGGGGUGAGAGAAGCCGAGUGGUGGAUGUAAUCUGUAAUAGUUGUGACUGAAAUUAAUAUAAAUAUAUAUAUAUAUAAUGUGUACCGGACUUGUCUGAGCACAAUGAAUUAGGCUUGGGCAGUAUCCAGAUUUUCAUACCGACAUUGUGCCAAGCCUGGAUAUUCCGUAAUACCGGCACUGAACACCAAGUGCACUAUUUUCAAAACCCACUGAUCCUCUGAAAUCCUAAGGUUAGCAAUGCUAACAAGUACAUUUAAUAUCCCAUAGAGAACGCUAACUAAAUACUAAAGAGGACAUUGUGAACAUCUUAUACGGUCUCUGACCUAAAGUAUUUGCAGGACAGACAUCCCAGCUCAUAAAGUUAUACAAGUAACUCAAAAAUGCUACUCACAGUUUGCUGCAUGCACAAAACAAAUAUUAGACAGCAAGGCUCUUGAUCCAUGAACGGAUUCUCUGCUGUUACCAAGCAAAGCUUGAUUUUGGAUGAAGCUAACCACUUAGCUAGAUGGCUAACUAGCUACUAAAUUAGCAAACCAAAUGCACAACUACAGAGCAUUUAGCACAUUUUAGACAGUUAAUAGGUAUACGAUAACUAACUAGAUCACUUGGCAUGUGCUGCACAACGGUGAGUGACUCAUAAGGCUCCGGUCUCCCGUUGUUGUGUGCUUGUAAACAAACACCACGUGACUGGGGACUACCGGUAAGCUUUAUAAUGAAAAAUUAUGACAGGUGAAAUGACCACGUUCUUCGUUCUCCUAAUUGAUUGCACAAGUUGACUGCAGGUAUUUACUUAAAGUAGGUACAAAUAUUUAAAUUCAAACGGUAUUGGCGGUAUGGAAAAACUCCCGUGGCUAUUUCCAUAUACCCCGGUAUACGGUAUUAUCCCAAGCCAACUAUGAAACCAAAUGUAAAAAAUUCCAAUGAAUCCAAAUGUGUAUAUCAAAUAAAAAUUGUUGUGAUAUUAUGUAAAUAAAAAGUACAAUGUAUGUAAAAAAAAAAAUAUAUAUAUGUUUUGGGAUUAUAGUGAAGCCAUAUUUGAGUUUGAGUCUUUACUCAUUUACUGUAUGCUACAGUAUGUUUUAGGCAGAAAUGUUUCUUUUUGUUUCUCCAGCCACUCUUCGUCUGCAAUGAACAGAAUCGUGCAGAUCACGAACAGUUCCAUGUCCAGUGUUGGUGGAUUCAAGCCCUUCAAAGGAGCACCUAGAAGGUUCUAACUGCCUCUCCCCAGAUCAGUUUAAGCUUAUUUUUCAAAAAUACAUUUUUUUUAAAAACAUCAUUUCUUUUAGUUGAGUAUUGUUUUAAGAGGCUGGUUUCUAGCCUUAAGGUUGAUAUAGACUUGUUUUGUUUGGUAUAGAUUACCUCAAUGUAUGGUUUCCUAACAGUUCUGCUGUGACUUAAACAACCUUGUGCACAUAAUGUUCAACUUACCUUUAGGAUAGAAUUGUACAGCUUUAGUUAUUUGUAACAAGUUUGAUGUUAACUGCUCUUCCCCUAACUGAAACUCAUGUACAAUGUCAGCAGAUCAAUGUAUUCUUUAACCAUCAUUUUUAGUUAUGCUCCUGGUGCUUCUGAAGGUUAUUAAAUUAUACAUGUUGCUAA